UCUGGCUCUGGAAACAUCAAACGCAACGGUAUGUGUCUAUUUGGUCGCAGCGCCUUGGCUCUCUGCAUUUUGUUUGGCGUGGGAUUAAGCCACAGUCAACAAGACCGAUUUUCCAACCUUCUCGAGCUUCUAAAACUACAGGUUCAGAUUGAGAAGACGGGGGAUUUCCUGCGCAGGGAUUGUCCAACCCUGUUCCAGCAGACUGGGGUUUCACGUUAUUUGAGGUCUGAACCCAGAGUGGGGCAAAGCCCGUCGUACAAUGGCGUGACAUCAGAAGAGUUAGCGCUCAAGAUUAGCCUUGCCAGCCACACUCUAGAAUUCUUGACCCAGAGCUAUUUGAGAUGCACGGCAGACCAACAGAUCAAUACAAAUGGAACGGGAUGUGGCAUGCCUACAAUAGAGAACUCGUCAGGGGUUUUCCAGUACAACCCGGCCAAUUCCAGACAGUCUGCGUGGAUGAGAGAUUCCCAACCGACAAAUCAAAGCUCGGCAAACAGAGUGUGGUUCUUUAGAGGAUUUGUGAGAGACAACGCGGUGAUAAUGUUCGACUCAGUAGAGGCCAUGAAGCGCAACCACUCACGUGAGACCAUCAGACUCCCAUACAACUGGGCAGGCACUGGACAUGUUGUAUACAGGGAUUCCGUAUACUUUCAGCGUGCCCUCACGAAGAACAUAGUCAAGUUCGAUUUCAAGAACAGAACUGCCAUGAUUGAGGCAUCAAUGAGGGACGUAGACGGGGGCAACACGUGUACAUAUCCGUGGCGCGGUUACACUACCACUGACUUUGCCGUGGACGAGUACGGGCUGUGGUUAGUGUACGGGAAUAUAAGUAACAACUGUAACCUGGUCAUCGCCAAGAUCAACCCGGACACUCUCAACGUGGAGAAAUCGUGGGCGACGACCAUUAGCAGUGGAAGCGUGGGAAACACUUUCAUGAAAUGUGGCGUGCUUUACGCCACGAAUUCCUACAGUGAAUUGUCCAAUUACAUCCGCUAUACCUAUGACACCAACACUGGGAAACAAGAGUCGCUUCCACCGAAUGGGAUCCCGUUCAAACCACCUGGUAAAUACAACACCAUGUUAGAUUAUAAUCCACAUGACGGUCUUCUGUAUUAUGCAGAUAUGAUUAAGGGAAAUCUUGCCACUUUUCCAAUUGUCUAAUCAAUGAAACAAGAUUUCGGCUACAAACAAGAAAGCCAAGAAAUAAAAAAAGU